CAGCCGCGCCGGGCCACAGUGCGGAAGUCGCCGGCGGAAUGGAGCGGCGCGGCCCCGAGCGGCCGGCGCUGCAGUUUGCGCCCUUCGCCAGCGCCUUGGACGCGGGAUUCUGGCACGAACUCACCCGGAGAAAGCUGAAUGACUACAGGUUGGACGAGAGUCCCCGGAACAUCAGGGGCUAUUACUAUAAUGGUGAUCCUGCUGGACUACCAACUCGACUAACUUUGGAGUUCAGUGCCUUCGACGUGAAUGCUGUGACCUCACCUCGAUGUUGCCCUAUUUUUGGGACUCUGUACAACACCAAUACUCUGCAAUCAUUUAAGUCCACUGAUAAGAAGACCUUGCUGGAGCAAGUGGGAAAGGAGAUUUGGGAAGCUAUAAAAUCUGGCAGAGCAAUUGAGGAUCCUUCAUUAUUGAGCACUUUUCUUCUGUUGACAUAUGCAGAUUUAAAGAAGUAUCAUUUCUACUACUGGUUUGCAUUUCCCGCACUGUGCUUCACUGAAGCAAUACCCAUAAUCCAGCCAGCAGUCAGCUUGGCAGACAAGUUCUCAACAAGUCAGAUCCAGACUCUCCAAGAAGCUUAUGAUGAACUUUGCCAAAAGGAGGAAACUACAGCGAUUCCUUAUUUUCUGGCCAAAUACACAGAAGAUUCUGUUUCAUUGACUUCUUUGAGAAAUUGGAAUGAAUUUUUCAAAGGUCAGACCAAGGUCACAGUCGGUGUCUAUGAUCCAUGCACCUUAACUCAGUAUCCAGGAUGGCCUCUGAGAAACCUUCUGAUCCUCAUAGCCUAUAACUGGGGUAGCUUUCUGGACUCACUUGAGGUUCUCUGCUUUAGAGAUCGAACAAUGCAAGGGGUCCGAGACAUCCGGCACAGCAUUGUCUUUGAAAUAAAGCUACCUCAACUCGCACCUGUCACAGGAUGUCCGAAGUGUGUUGGUUGGGAGAAAAAUCCGAAAGGAAGUCUGGGUCCAAGGAUGGUCAAUCUCAGUGAAUGUAUGGAUCCUAAGAGGCUGGCUGAGUCGUCUGUUGAUCUCAAUCUUAAAUUGAUGCGUUGGCGCCUGGUCCCAUCUCUUGACUUGGAGAGUGUUGUGAAUACACGGUGCUUACUACUGGGAGCUGGGACGCUGGGCUGCAACGUGGCACGGACGCUCAUGAGCUGGGGAGUAAGGCAGAUUACCUUUGUGGACAAUGCAAAGGUGUCCUACUCCAACCCAGUGCGCCAGUCCUUGUAUGAGUUUGAAGAUUGUCUUGAAGGUGGGAAACCCAAAGCUCUCGCUGCAGUGGAAAAACUGCAAAAGAUCUUUCCAGGCGUGAAAGUGGAGGGAUAUAUCCUAUCCAUACCAAUGCCCGGUCACCCUGUGAAUUUUUCUGAGGUGACAAUGCAACAGGCGCAAAAUGAUGUUGAGCAACUGGAGAAGCUCAUCAGCUCACAUGAUGUCAUUUUCCUGCUAAUGGACACACGAGAGAGCCGCUGGCUUCCCACAGUCAUCGCUGCCAGCCUGCGUAAGUUAGUUAUUAAUGCAGCCUUGGGAUUCGAUACAUUUGUUGUGAUGAGACACGGUCUGAAGAAGCCCAGGCAGGAAUGUGGAGAACCCACUUCAGCUGCCACCGCUGUUCCUCCCUCAGUGAUGGGCUCUUCGCUCUUCUCCAACAUUCCUGGCCACAAGCUCGGCUGCUACUUCUGUAAUGAUGUGGUAGCACCUGGAGAUUCAACUAGAGACCGCACUUUGGACCAGCAGUGUACUGUGAGUCGUCCUGGCUUGGCUAUGAUAGCUGGAGCGCUUGCUGUGGAGUUGAUGGUUUCUAUACUACAACAUCCUGAAGGUGGGUAUGCGGUAGCUAGCAGCAGUGACGACCGACUGAAUGAACCUCCAACAUCUCUUGGGCUUGUCCCUCAUCAGAUCCGUGGCUUUUUGUCAAGGUUUGACAAUGUCCUUCCAGCAAGUCUGGCGUUUGAUAAGUGCACAGCAUGCUCGUCAGUGGUCCUUGACCAUUUUGAAAAAGAAGGCUUUCAGUUCCUAGCUAAUGUUUUCAACUCUUCUCAUUCUUUCCUGGAAGAUCUGACUGGACUGACUCUUUUACAUCAGGAGACCCAGGCUGCUGAGAUAUGGGACAUGAGUGACGAUGAAAGCUUCUGAAAACUGUCUGCUGGUUCCCAAAGGAUGCUGUUUGAUAUUCAUUGGCAGAAUGAAGAACCCGUCCCAGAAUCCAUUCCAGAGUGCAGUUCUAAAGUGCAACAACGGCCACUCUGGAGCAGGUGGAGCAAACUGUCAUUCCAUUGGGACAUUCGUCUUAAUUAGGAUGCAUUUUGUCUGCAAUAAGUAAAUUUUAUCUCCUAAUCUCUUUUUGGAAUUGAAAAUGGCUGAAUGUUCAUAGUGCUUUCAGCCAGAACACAAGCCCAGAGGUCAUUAUCAAAGCUUUAGCAAUAAAAGCAAUAACCUUUGAUCCUGAACAUUGUUCCAUAUAUAUUCAAACUCAUUCUAUGUACUGACAGCCUGGCGUUGGUGUGGUAAUCCAUGCUUCUAACCUGGGACCUGAACAUUUGGUGAGAUUCCAAUUCGUUUUUUGAAGUUAAACAUUUCUGAUUCUCAACUGUUUUCCCCAAAGUAGAUGUAUAUUUUUUAAAUUGGUCAGUGCAAGCCAAUAGUCUUUGUGAUAAUGAAUUUUAACCGGAUAUGAACAGUUUAUUGCCAAGCUAUUGGUUCCAUUUCCAUUAAUCAUUUUUUGGUGCGGUCUUGACACCUUUUAACCCUGAAUCCUCUACAUGUGUGCAUGCUGGGAAAAUCUGCAUGCAAUACUUACUACCUACUGCAUAAUUAACAAUGGGUGAUGUCAUAGGUAUUAAACAUGAGCCUGUAUUUGUUUGUACAUUCAACUGUUGUUUCACUGCUUUAUAAUUUAUGCUGCAUGAAGACAAAAAUAAAAACCAGCAGGCUGAUACCA